UCUCUCUGUGCUCUGAGGUGCUACCUGUAGAUUGGGAGCUGAUGGAGAAUACCAGGAUGCCUCCUCAGCAAAGAGUAGCAUGUGUCUACAGGGUGGGGGCAGGGGCUCUGAGGUUCAGCUCUCCUCGAUAUGGCUGGCCCAGAGGUCCUUUCUGGAUCUGCGGGUGUCAUCUCAGGACGGGGCCAGGCCAUCCAGCUUUGAAUCAGAGCAUCAGUGGCUGAAAAGGCCCCUCUCUUCAUAAAGGUUGACUGACAUCUUGGGCCACCCAGACGAUGUGGAAUGGAGGCCCCAGAACCUACCUGCCCUGGCCCAUCUACCAGGGACAAGCCAGCUCUUGCACCUGGUCUCUCGGGGACCCCAAGAGGGCAGGCCUCACCUCACCUGACCCUGGGCCCAGUCAUUCUGCCUCAGGAGCAGAACCUGCCACCCACUGUGUUCCUGAAGGCCCUGCCCAUCCCCCUGUACCACACUGUACCUCCUGGGGGCCUCCAGCCACGUGCACCCCUGGUGACAGGCAGCCUGGAUGGAGGCAGUGUGCCCUUCAUCCUUAGCCCCUUGCUGCAGCCUGAAGGACCGGGCCCCACACAGGUGGGCAAGCCAGCUGCUCCAACAUUGACAGUAAACAUCGUGGGUGCUCUGCCUGUUCUGUCCCCGGGUCUGGCCCCAACGCUGGGCAGCCCAGGGAAGGUGAGAAAUGCCGGAAAGUACCUGUGCCCACACUGUGGCCGGGACUGCCUGAAGCCCAGUGUUUUGGAGAAGCACAUCCGGUCCCACACGGGAGAGAGGCCCUUCCCAUGUGCCACCUGUGGCAUUGCCUUUAAGACCCAGAGCAACCUGUACAAGCACAGGAGGACGCAGACACACCUCAACAACUCCCGGCUGUCCUUGGAGUCUGAGAGAGGCAGGCACAGCCUCCUGGAUGAGGGGGACAGGGUAAGAGAGCCCUCCACAGCAGAUGGCACGGGGGAAAACCAGAACCAGGGGACACCGGAGACAGCUCUUUCCCCAGGUCCCCAUCUGUCCCUUGCUGCCAAGAACCUAGAAAUGAAGACAGAAGCCACUCCUAAUCCUGAUUCUACACUUGUCCACAGAGAGGGUCCUGUGGACUCCACCCAGAUAGCAUCGCCCCUGGCUAGCUCUCAGCCACGGAGGAAGCUGCCAGAACAGAAGCCAUGCUCCCUGCCACGGCAGCAGGGGAUGACCUUGGAAAAGCCAUGGGACUCCAGGGCCUCGGAGGGCCGGCUCAGGAAGUGUGAGAGCACCGACUCGGGCUACCUGUCCCGCUCGGACAGUGCAGAGCAGCCGCCUGUCCCCUCCAGCCCUCUGCACAGCCUGUCAGAGCACAGCGUGGAGUCCGAGGGGGAAGGAGGCCCAGGCCCGGGGCUUGGGGGUGCCAGGGCCGAGUCCGGGGCCCCAGGGGCCAGCCUGGAGCUGGAGAAGAAGCAGCUGGAGGAGCGCAUCGCCCGGCUCAUCUCACACAACCAGGCCGUGGUGGACGACCCCCAGCUGGACCACGUGCGGCCCCGCAAGACUGUCCUGUCCAAGCAGGGCAGCAUCGACCUGCCCAUGCCCUACACCUACAAGGACUCCUUCCACUUCGACAUCCGGGCACUGGAGCCUGGCCGCAGGAGGGCUGCCCUCUGUCCAGCGCGCUCCACCUUUACCCCCCUGGACAAGGCACGGCCCCUCUUCUUCCACUCUGUCCCCACUCAGCUCUCUACCACGGUGGAAUGUGUCCCCGUCACCAGGAGCAACUCACUACCCUUUGUGGAGGGCUCCAGGACAUGGCCGGAGCCUCGGGACCUGCAGGAUGCCUGCCCCAGGCUGCAGAAGCCCCUGAGUCCCAGGCUUGCCCCAACCCGGGUAGGCUACCACUCUGGGCUGACGUUAGCAGAUGUCCCCAGUGGUCACCCUCGGGCCCUGGUCAGGCAGGCUGCUGUGGAGGACGUGCCAUGUGUCCCCACUGGAGAUACCUCAGCCCCUGCAGAGGACCUGGAUGGAAAGAAAACUCCUGCAGGGGAUGGGGCAGCUAGCAAGAGCCGGGUGGCCAGUAAGAAGACCAACCAGAGGAAACUGAAGAUGUUCUCCCAGGAGAAAUGGCAGGUGUAUGGGAAUGAGACAUUUGAGAGAAUCUACCAGAAGAUGAAAAGCCGCCACCAGGGAGGCCAGAAAGCCAGGAAGGUGAGAGCGGGCCACGAGACAGAACUGAAUCUUCCUCAUCAGGAAGAGGUGGCUGGCGGCAAGGGCGUAACCCUGUCCCAAGAAAGUAAGACCCUCAUCCUUGGGGACAUUUCUGUAGAGGACAAGCCCUGGAGAAGUCUGCCAGCCCCAGAGGAUUCUUUGGAGACUGAGUCCCCUCAACAGAAGAAGACUGUGGCUGGAACAGGAGACACUGACCAGCUCCGGGUGGCCAGGCCUGAGUCAUCCCCCACCCUGAGCAGUAGGGUCCCACACCAUUUGGGCAGCAGGAGCCCUCAGUUUCCUCCAAAGGGGAGGAUGGAACCAGGGUGCCAGCUGCCUCCAUCGCCUAGACCCCUCCAAAGAGAGGAUUUAGGGGAUUCCAGGCUGAUUUUGACAGACCCCAAGCUGGAAAGGGGCCUCCCCAGUGGUGGGAGUGUGAAGGAGACCUGUCCCUGGGCCCAACCUGUCCUGAGACGGCCAAGUGGUGGCUCUGGGGAGCCCCAGUCAUUAGAGGACAAGCUCCCCUCGGAGAGGAAGAAGCUGAAAGUCGAGGGGUUGGACCCCCAGGAGCAACUGAGGCUCUUGGGAACAGAGACUGCGGGUGGCUCUGUGCAGGCUGCCUCCCUGCCAUCCCAGAAGCAAGAUGGUGACCCGCAGGAGAUGCCAGGUGGACCACCUGAGGAUGCUCUGCCCGUGGCUGCACCCCUGGAGUCCUCUUGCACCUCUCCAGCUACUGCUGCUGUCCUGAAGCAGGAAGGCCCAAGGGACAAGGAGCCCAGGCUGCCGCCUGCUGCCAGAGCCCCAGGGCACCAUGUCCAGCUGGCUACCCAGCCUCAGCCUCCUAGUGAUCUCACUGCUGUGGCAGACAGUACCUUUCCCCCAAAGUACCUCCUCAGGCUACCUCAGGGAGAGACCCCCCCUCAGCUGCCCAUCUCUCGGGGGCAGGGACAAGACUCUCUCUGCACAAGUGGGCAGCCUGAACAACGGCGGGUAUCCCUUGUUGGAUCAGAACCAGGGACAUCCCAGUCCCUCAGCCCUGCCUCAGGUCCAACCUCAGGUGAGACAGAUAGAAUCCUGGACCCCAGCUGGUCCAGGCCAAGCGAUGGAAGAGAAGAGGCACAGGCAGGAAAGGAGAAGGCCCAAGUCAGUGUCCCAGCCACCAAGGACUCUCCUGGCUCUGCCACAGGUGUUCCUCAGGAGACAGCCUCCUUCCUGUCUGUGUGCAAUGCCCACGUGGUCCGGGACCCGGGGGAUGCAACCCAUGCCAUCCAUGACCUCUGUACAGACAGGAUAUUGACAAGGGCCAGGACCUCUGGUGAUCUUCUGAAUCCCUGGUCACCCACCUGGGAGCUGGGGCAGCCUCUUGAGAGUGCCCUGGAAGUCCCUUCCAUGGAGCCCCUGGCCGGGCUCAAUGUCUCCUGUCCCUUCCAACCCGGCUCUUUUCUCCCAGCUCCCAUGGGACCCCAGGGCAUGGCUCUCGGCAGGACAGAACUGGCCCCGGCACGGCACUUAGGGACCCCCAGGAGCUGCAGGGCCCAGAGCUCCUUCCCCUCGCUGAGGGCCGAGCCCCGGCUCACGUGGUGUUGCUUGAGCCGCAGCCUGCCUCUGCCAGUGGAGCAGAAGGACAAGACUGCUUCCGUAUACUCAGCUCUGCACUUCCCUGGUGACAGCCUCCAGGAUGAGGGCCCCAGCAUCCUACCCUUCAGCAGUGGAGGAAGGACCAGGACAAGCCCGGGAGGAGGAGGGCCAGUACAGACACCAGAGCUCUCCUACCCAACGGUCCCAGGGAUGAGGGCCCAGGACCCGGUGUUGGAUCCAGAGCGGAAGAAAGGACUGUGUCGUAGGAGGGUGAAGACAUCUCGUGGGGACAGCAGGCAGAAAAAGCUGAGACUCCAUCCCAAAAGGUAG